AUGUUAAACGCACAGAAAAUUCCAGAUAAAUAUCCCAUCAGGUACUUACAAGACUUCACCCAUUACAUAUCGGGUUGUACAAUUUUUUCUACGCUAGACUUGGUGAAACCGUACAGCCAGAUACCAGUCAACCCAGAUAAUAUUCCGAAGACAGCCAUCACCACACCAUUUGGUAUGUUCGAAUUUCCAUACAUGAAUUAUGGCUUAAAAAAUGCGAGCCAAACCUUUCAAAGGUUUGUAGACGAGAUAACACGAGGAUUUGAUUUUUGCUUCGUGUACCUGGAUGAUUUUCUAAUAUUUUCCCAGGACGAAGACAGCCAUCUUGAUCACCUUCGCCAAAUCUUUGAAAAACUUCAGGAAUUCGGUAUGGUUAUCAACACGAGCAAAUGUGAAUUUGGUAAGAAAGAAAUCACCUUUCUAGGGUAUCACGUCUCAGCCAACGGUGUUAAGCCUUUAGACAGUAAGGUUCAAGCCAUCAAAGACUUCCCCACUCCGAAAACCGUACGAGAACUUCGGCGUUUUCUAGGGAUGCUAAACUUUUAUCGCCGAUUUAUCAAAGGAGCUGCUGAAAUUCAGGCACCAUUAAACUCUUUGUUGACGGGGUCCGUAAAAGGAUCACGUUCCGUGGAUAUAUCGGGAGAAGCCCUACAUGCUUUUGAGCAGUGCAAAACUAGCCUCUGUCAAGCAGCAUUCUUGGCACAUCCAGAUCUAAACGCAAGAUUAGGUUUGGUAACCGACGCCUCAGAUAAGGCAAUCGGUGCCGCCUUGCAGCAAGUAAAGAAUGGAUCAUGGCAGCCACUUACAUUCUUCUCUAAGAAACUGAAACCAGCCCAACAGAAAUACUCGCCAUACGACAGAGAGCUUCUUACUAUAUACGAGUCAGUGAAAUACUUUAGACACAUGCUUGAAGCAAGACAUUUUACUGUUUUUACUGAUCACAAACCAAUCUGUUAUGCAUUUCACAUCAGAAAAGAUAAGUGCUCACCCCGCCAGGAUCGUCAUCUCGAUUUUAUAUCACAGUUCAUCACCGACAUCCAACACAUCUCUGGAAAAGAUAACAUAGUGGCUGAUACGCUUUCAAGAGUGGAAGAAUUAGCUCAGCCUGUUAAUCUAGUUACCUUAGCCAAAAUGCAGGACGUGGAUACGGAACUGAAAGAAAUUCUGAAAGGUGGGACAUCAUUUCGGUUAGUUAAGGUAUCAAUACCUGGCACGAAGACAGACCUAUAUUGUGAUGAUGGAACUGGGAAUCAAAGGCCUUACGUACCUCAAAACUUAAGGAAGCAAGUCUUUGACAGUUUACAUUCGCUGAACCAUCCUGGGGUCAAAGCUACAACACAGAUAAUAACAGAACGCUACGUUUGGCCAGGAGUAAAGAGAGACUGUCGUGAAAGGUCGAAAACGUGUCACCCCUGCCAGCGUGCAAAAAUAACACGUCAUGUCUCCGCACCUUUAGGCACAUACAAAUUACCACCUGCCAGAUUCCAAUACGUCCAUAUAGACAUCAUUGGACCUUUACCUGUAUCAGAUGGAUAUCGCUAUUGUCUUACAGCAGUUGAUAGAUUUAAUAGAUGGCCUGAGGCAAUACCCUUAUCAGAUAUCACUGCUGAAACUGUUGCAAAAGCAGUUCUUAAUGGCUGGAUCUCGCGUUUUGGGUCCUCCUGA